AUGGUGGUGAAGAGGAAGUUACAUUGUAACGGUUUUGAUUUCUCCACUAUUCCCAAGGCUCCUCGUUCCAUUAGGAAGGUAUCAAGUGAGAAGGAUGAUGCUGAUGUGGACAUUGAGAUCACUGCAAUUGAUUUGCUCGCUUCUCUGGCUGGGAAGUUGCUGGAAGAAACCGAGAGUUCCUCAUCGUCUAGUACCAAUGCGUUUGUUAGGCAUCAUUUGGUUGGAAACGUCAAGCAAGAACAUGUUGAAGAUGAUGUUAAGCCUUGUAAAUCUGAGCUUUCACUUCUUCAAGGAGACCUUGCUUCAAAGACUCCUAGUGAAAUUACCAGCGAGAAGUAUUUGGGAAAUGAUUGCAUUUUGGAGCAGACACUUGUUUCUGAUUGUAAGAGGAGAGCUCUUGGUUUGAAGCCCCUUGUAGGGUGUGAAAACAAGAAAGAGGAUUGUGAUUUUCAUGUUGAAUCAGUGGGCAUCAUGAGUGAGGAGAUGGGUGUUGUUAGUGUAGAUGCCGGCUUUGAACAAGGAGAAGCGAGUGUUGGCUUAAGCGCUGAUACUUUCAUCAGCCUGAAGGAUCCAAGUCAUUUGCAGUUUCCUGAAUCACUUCACCUGGAUGGCGGUGUAAAAAUGCCACCAGGCACGGAUGGUGGCUCUUUGAAAGGAUAUAGGAAUCAUUCUAAGUUAGUUUGCAGAGAUGAUGAUGACGAAAACUAUUGUAAGUACUAUAGAUUUAGUGACAGAUGUAAUAGGCCUUUGACACGUGUUGGGCAUCUAAGAAUGAAGAAGUCGGUGAUUACAAAGUACGGGAGAGCAAUCCCCAGGUCCAAGUUUUUUGAAGACACUAGAAGAACAGAUGGCUGUUUAAAGUCUCUGUACCGCAAGAGAAAAUUAUGCCAUGGUUAUAACCCAUGGAAGCGUGAGACUGUUCAUAGGAAGAGAAGAUUGUCUGACAAAGGGUUGGUCGUAAAUUCUGAUGGAGGACUGAGUAGUGAAAGUGUUACCAACUCACCUCAGAAGGGAGAAUCAGUAGUAAAAUUCAGCAUCAAGUCACUUAGGAUUCCUGAGCUUUUUAUUGAAGUUCCAGAAACAGCAACCGUAGGCUCACUGAAGAGGACGGUGAUGGAGGCUGUCACUGCUUUACUCGGUGAUGGAAUACGUAUAGGGGUGUUAGUCCAAGGGAAGAAGGUUAGAGAUGACAAUAACACUCUAUCACAGACUGCUCUUUCAUGUAGAGGAGGAAAUCUAUGCAACCUUGGCUUCACCUUGGAACCUGGUCCCACUGAAAACCUGCCUGCACCUCUCUGCUCUGAAAAUCAUGUCAUCUCUACUACGCCAACUGAUUCGACGAACUUGUCAGAAAGGUCCGCAGCAUCUCCUGCUUUAGAUUCUAGAAUCCCUUUCCAUCUCCAAGAUGCAGAUCACGUGAUUAACUCUGGAAUAUGUGUGGAGAAUAAACAGGAGUUAGUUCCAUAUCAGAGUGACAUAUCAGUUGAUGAAGAACAACAACUUUCAUCAGAUUCAAGAGCGUUGGUUCUAGUUUCAGCCUUGGAACCGGAGGCUCUUGCAAUUGUCCCACUUAACGAGAAACCUAAGCGUAGUACAGAGAUUUCACAGCGCAGAACCAGGAGACCAUUCUCUGUUACAGAGGUUGAAUCUCUAGUACAUGCAGUAGAGGAACUUGGUACUGGAAGAUGGCGUGAUGUGAAAUUACGUUCUUUUGAGAAUGCAAGUCAUCGAACCUACGUGGACUUGAAGGAUAAAUGGAAAACUUUGGUUCACACGGCAAGUAUUACACCGCAGCAACGAAGAGGAGAACCAGUGCCUCAAGAGCUGCUAGAUAGAGUCUUGGCAGCACAUAGGUGUUGGUCACAGCAGCACCAACUGAAACAGAAUGAGAAACUUCAAGGGACUGCAACAAUGGUGGUUGUUGAAUCAGGUUCGUCCAUGUAA